UCCGGCGUGUUGUUGUAAUACAUCCAACGAACGAGGCUACUUUUUAAGUGAAAAAGUUAAUUUAAGUUUCAUUAAAUGCCACCUAAAAAGCAACCAGAAAAAGGCGCAAAAGGUAGUGCUAGUAGCAGUAAAGGUAGUGGUGGAAAAUCUGGCGGUGACUCAAAAGUUGAAUUUACUGGUACUAAAUCUGGUACAUCUGGUGGCAGCACGGUAAGUGCUGGAAAAUCAGUCGGUGACACAAAAGCUCACAAUUUUUUUAAUAAAGCAGCUGUGAUUCAGCCCACUACUAAUGAAUCUGGUGCAAAAGAAAAAAAAGGUGGAACAGCUGUCAAAGUCCGUCACAUCUUGUGCGAGAAGCAGUCAAAAUGUUUGGAGGCAUUGGAGAAAUUGAAGGCUGGUCAGAAAUUCCCGGACGUUGCGGCCGCGUACAGUGAGGACAAGGCCAGGCAGGGCGGGGACCUCGGCUGGAUGACUCGCGGUUCCAUGGUGGGCCCUUUUCAGGAUGCGGCGUUCGCCUUGCCCAUCUCAUCGGUCACGAAUCCUGUAUACACAGACCCCCCAGUGAAAACGAAGUUUGGAUACCACAUAAUAAUGGUAGAAGGGAAAAAAUGACUGCCAUGGUGUUUGAGUUUGAAUAUUUCUGGGCGAUACUUUUGCUGUUCAUAAUGGAACGGAUAUGCUGCCUGCAAGAGCAGUUCGACAGGGACUUCACCAAGUUACCAGACCCGGAGAGAUCUAGCGAAUCUCUCAACUCGGACCUCGAAGAAUUUUCUAAUAGAGAUGGCGGUUUGAAGAUGAGCUUCCUUCGCUUGUGCCGCCUGAUGCACGUCACCAUGCUGCUCAGCCUCGUCUACUUCUGCAACAUCUGUCUCUGGUUCAUCAUGACCAAGAAGAACUCGCCCAGAACCCUUAGAUAUACAUUCAAAGUUUCUAUUCCAUCGUCAUAAUGCAGUUUGAUAAUAAGAAUAAAUUUUUGUUAAUAAGUGAUAUGAAAUACAUGUUUAUAUUGUUUUUA